UUAUUCGACAGGCAUUAGUACUCGGGUGUGGUGACGUGUUUUCCAGUUAGUGACUAAAUAUUCCCAGCGCUUUUUCCCACAAAGCAGAAAAUCGAAAGUGCAGUUAAAAUCAGUCGAAAUCAUCCCUGUUUAGCGAAUAAAGUGAAUUGAUAUUGGAGUCUAUCAUACAGCUUGGAAUCAGAACUUUUUGGAGAAAGCGGACUGGAAAUACACCGGCAAGCGUGGUGUUGGCUUGCGAAAGUGUAAUCCAUUGGAAAGUAAGCAUAAUACAACGGUCGGAGCAGGAGCCGCUACAUCGAGCGCAGAGAGAAUUUGCACAACCUCCCGUUUGACUGUGUAAGUGUCGCUCCACGUGUGAGAGAGUGAUUUCCCCUCAAUCGUUGAGUAGAAGUAAAUAAGUACAAGUCAGCCCAGCCGCAGGGAUUUAGUUUGAGGCUGUGCUUCAACGGGUUCGGAUCAGUUUAGAAGUGUUACGAUCUCACACCCAGUGAUAAAAAGGAUAAUCCUUGACAACCCAGCUACCGUAGCUGGUCUUCCUGGAAAGUGUGUGAUAACCGAUCCCGACGUCAGGGAACAUCAAGUAGAAGUGAAUGAAAUAAACAAAUGAUUAUAAAAGUGAUUGCAGUGGAAAUUUGCAAUCUAUAAUCAUUUUUUUACUCGGAUCGCACACCCUGAUAAAGUGGUGUGAUCGAGUGGUGUAACCAGUGUGUUUGUGACGCGUGAAAAUCCUUUCGAAGAUUCUGAUCCGGAACGGUGCAACCUGACGACUUGCUAGUUCAGUUUGCUUCUGAACGUGAGGGUGAGAAGGUGUCUUCAAGUGAUCAAGUCUCCAAGUGAUCCUGCGGGAUACCGUACAUCAGAGGUUGAUUAUUGUUCAACGAUCGUUUGCUGAUUGAAACGACAACUGUAGUUGACCAGCUAGUUCAAACAGGACAAAACCACCAAGUCGUCGAUAGAGGCGCGACCAAGUACAGCGGAUUGUACAGCCAUUCCUUCCCGCGGAAAACGUUCCCACAAGAAGAAAACACGACGCAAUCAAAACACAACGAUGCCAGCUCGCUUCGAGGACGUUGCUACUGACACCCGGCGCGGUGUCCCCAGAGACCUGGGGGGAUGCUACGAUGGCGGUCAGAUUCGGGAUGACAUCUGCAUCACAGGCUUCUCCGGCCGCCUGCCGGAAAGCUCAAACAUCGAAGAGUUCAAACAGAACCUAAUGGAGGGUAUUGACAUGGUGAACGACGAUGACCGGCGGUGGCCGAAGGGGUUGUACGAGCUGCCUACCAGGAUCGGUAAGAUCAAGAGCGAAGAUCUGCAGAACUUGGACGCGGAAUUCUUCAAGAUUCAUCAGAAGCAGGCCGAGUGUAUGGAUCCCCAGAUGCGAAUGCUGCUCGAGUGCACCUAUGAGGCUAUCAUUGAUGCGGGCAUCAACCCUCAGGAAAUUCGCGGCAGCCGUACCGGGGUGUACAUCGGUUGUUCAAACUCGGAAACCGAGCAGCACUGGUGCGCUGAUCCCGACCUGGUCAAUGGUUAUGGUUUGAUCGGUUGUGCCCGAGCCAUGUUUGCCAAUCGGCUCUCGUACACGUUUGACUUCAAGGGGCCCAGUUACGCGGUGGACACGGCCUGUUCGAGUUCGCUCAUUGCGAUGUCGACGGCUUUUGCCGACAUGAAGGCUGGACACUGCGAUGCGGCCAUCGUGGCUGGCUGUGGAUUGAUUCUGAAACCGACGAUGUCACUGCAGUUCAAGAGACUGAACAUGUUGGGCAAAGAAGGUACAUGCAAGGUGUUUGACGAAUCUGGCAACGGGUACGUUCGUUCGGAUGGGUGCGUUGUCACUUUCUUGCAACGUGCUUCCGAUUCGCGACGAAUUUACGCUAGUGUUCUCAACGUUCGGAUUAACACCGAUGGGUACAAAGAGCAAGGAAUUACCUUCCCUAAUGGACAGAUGCAGAAGCGAUUGAUCAAAGAGACGUACGAGGAAAUUAAUAUGAACCCUGCUGACGUGGUUUACGUUGAAGCUCAUGGAACUGGAACGAAAGUUGGAGAUCCACAGGAAGUUAAUGCCAUUACCGAUUUCUUCUGCAAAGACCGAAAGACUCCUCUGUUGAUCGGAUCGGUUAAAUCGAAUAUGGGUCAUUCGGAGCCCGCUUCUGGUGUGUGCUCGAUUGCAAAAAUGCUGAUUGCUAUGGAAGCGGGAAUUAUUCCUGGCAAUUUACACUUCAAAAACACCAAUCCAGAUUUGUAUGGUAUCGUGGACGGACGGUUGAAGGUAGUUGAUCGAAAUAUGCCAUGGAAUGGUGGAGUUGUUGGUCUUAACUCGUUUGGAUUCGGAGGUGCCAAUGCGCACGUCAUUAUGAAAUCUCAUCCUAAACCGAAGCCGAUCAGCCCGAAAAACGGCUUUCCAAAACUGGUACUCGCUUCUGGUCGUACUGAAGAAGCCGUUGAAGCUUUCUUGGACUGUGCAGCGAAAAAUAAAGAUGACGAAGAACUGGUUGGAAUUGUCAACGAAAUUCACAGCAAGAAUAUCCCGCUUCACGUUCAACGUGGUUAUACCGUACUUGGAGGAGGCCAAGCAGUUCGCGAGGUUCAAGAGCUAAACGAUGAGAAACGUCCAAUUUGGUUCAUUUAUUCUGGAAUGGGUUCUCAGUGGGCUAGUAUGGCCCAACAAAUGAUGCAGUGCGAGGUCUUCAGCAACAGCAUCCAUCGCUGUGCGGAGGCACUUCGCCCGGAAGGCGUCGAUCUGAUCGACAUUUUGACGAAGAGCGACGAGGCUAGGUUUGAAAAUAUUCUGAAUUCGUUUAUCUCCAUUGCUGCCGUUCAGGUAGCCUUGACCGAUCUGUUGAAUCACGUUGGCAUCGCUCCGGACGGUAUGGUCGGUCAUUCGGUAGGUGAGUUGGGCUGUGCUUAUGCCGACGGAUGCUUCACACCGGAGCAAACUGUGUUGGCGGCAUACUGGAGAGGUCGUAGCAUUUUGGACACCCAACUGAUCAAGGGUCAAAUGGCAGCGGUUGGUCUGUCCUGGGAGCAGUGUAAGGAACGUCUACCAAAAGACAUCAUUGCAGCGUGCCACAACAGCACUGAUAGCGUGACGAUCUCCGGACCAGUGGACUCGGUGACUAAAUUUAUAGCUGAGCUGAACGGUGAAGGAAUCUUCGCUAAAGGUGUUAAAUCGUCUAACAUUGCCUUCCACAGUCGAUACAUUGCGGACGCGGCACCUAAACUGCGCAAAUCGCUCGACAAAAUUAUCCCAAAUCCGAAGAAUCGUUCGCCGCGUUGGAUCAGUACCAGCAUACCGGAGGAAGCCUGGAACACUCCACUGGCGCAACAAUCGUCCGCUGCCUACCAUGUGAACAAUUUGCUUUCCCAGGUACUUUUCUCCGAAGGUCUCCGGCACGUACCGGCCAAUGCCAUCUGCAUCGAAAUUGCACCCCAUGGACUACUCCAGGCGAUUCUGAAGCGCGCUCUCGGCAAAGACGCUACCAACCUAAGCUUGAUGAAGCGUGCCCACGAAAACAAUGUGAUCUUUAUGUUGAGCAAUCUUGGAAAGUUAUACGCUGCCGGUGCUCAGCCACAGGUCCAGAAACUCUACCGCCCCAUUUCGUAUCCGGUUGGCAGAGGAACACCAAUGCUGAGCUCACUCGUUAAGUGGGAUCAUUCGACCAAGUGGUUCCUGGCCAAAUUCGGAGUCGAAAAUAAAUCCGGAGAGACAGUUAUCGACGUCAAUUUGGACAAACCAGAGGACGCAUAUCUGGUUGGACAUACCAUCGAUGGUCGUGUUCUUUUCCCCGCCACUGGUUAUAUGAGCUUAGCAUGGCGUACAUUUGCCAAAAUGCGAGGUGCCGAUAUGGAUAAAACGCCGGUGGUUAUUGAGAAUGCCGUGUUCCACCGUGCUACCAUUCUGCCAAAGGAAGGUUCCGUUAAGUUCGGAAUCAAUUUCUUCGACGGUACCGGAGCGUUCGAAAUCUGCGAAGGUGGUUCGUUGGCGGUGUCGGGUAAAAUUUCAAUUCCGGAAAAGGUGGAGAAUGAAGAAUUAGAUCUGUACAAGCUCGAUGAUGACAAGUCGGGAAUCUCAAUGAAUACCAGCGAUGUAUACAAAGAACUGCGAUUGAGGGGAUACGAUUAUGGUGGUCUGUUCCGUGGCGUUACUAAGGCCGAUGCCAAAGCAAUCAACGGAGAGUUGAAAUGGGAGGAUAACUGGGUGAGUUUUAUGGAUACAAUGUUGCAGUUCAGCAUUUUGGGCAAAAGCAUGAGAGAACUAUAUCUACCAACGAGAAUAGAGAAGAUUAUCAUCAACCCAGCCCGUCAUAUGGAUUUGAUGAGCAGUUUGAAAUCAAAGAAUCAGGAUGUACCAGUAAGCGUAUACAGAAACAUCGACGUCAUCAAAAGUGGAGGUGUGGAAAUGCGUGGUCUAAAGGCAACUCUGGCUCCGAAACGUUCGGGUACACAAUCCGCUCCGACAAUAGAAAAAUACGUUUUUGUACCACAUUACAAUGAAAAGGAGCUGGCUGAAAACGUCGACAAAGCCAAGUUAAGAUCGAUUUCCACCGCUGUUCAUAUUGCCAUCGAGAAUAGCUCCGGUGCACUAAAGGUAAAGGUAGCCGAAGCAAGCUUCCAACGGGCUCCGGAAAACACAUUGGCCGGAACUGUGCAGGCUAUUAUCGAAGGUGAACCGACUCUAGUCAGCGAUGUGGCUGUGGUUACCAACUACCAGCCGGAGAGUAUAACUCAGCACUAUGGAGAUAGUGGUGUUCGCGUGGUAGCAAAAGACGCUGUAGCGGGAGCAAUUGAGCAAGGCUGUCAUCUGGUAAUCUCCUACGACAUGUUAGGCCACCCCGAUGGUCAAACCGUUCUCGGCCAUCUUCGGGAAUCUAUUCGUGAGGAUGGAUUUAUCUUUUUGGAAGAAUCACGUACAAACUUUGACGCUAGCAAGAAGGGAAAAACGCUAUUCGAUUCUCACAAGUUGAUCACUGUAUCUUACCAAUUCUGUGACAACAAGGUCUACAUUCUGCUACGUCCGGCGAAUGCCUACGAACAACGUAAGAGUACAGUCAUUCAAGUAACGGAGAAAAACUUUUCCUGGCUUGAACCUCUUAAGGCAGCAUUGGCAAAGGCAGAGGAAACAAACACCUUCGUAUAUUUGGUUUGUCAAGGCGAAGAACUGUUCGGCGGACAAGGUUUUAUCAACUGCAUCAAGAAUGAAGCCGGUGGAAAGUUCGCUCGUUUGGUAUUCAUCCAAGAUAAGCGAGCGGAAAAGUUCUCGCUCACCGGAAAGCUUUAUACGGAACAGCUCAAAAAGGACCUGAUUUGCAAUGUGCUGAAUGGAAACGGCGUAUGGGGAACGUUCCGGCAUCUUCGUCUGGAUAAUCAGACAAACGCUCCGUCGCUACAGGUGGAGCAUGCCUACGUAAAUGCACUGACAAAGGGCGACCUUGCUAGUCUUAAAUGGAUCGAGGGCACACUUGCGCGCGAUAGACCCGAUCCGAAGGACAAACGCGUUGAGUUGUGUACUGUGUAUUACGCACCGAUCAACUUCCGUGACGUCAUGCUGAGCUCGGGAAAGCUCGGAGUAGACGCUUUGCCGGGUGAUUUACCAACGCAAGAUUGUAUUCUCGGUUUGGAGUUCGCCGGUCGAGACUCAACUGGGCGCCGCGUUAUGGCCAUGGUGCCUGCUAAAUCUCUAGCUACGACCUGUAUCGCUCACCGCAAUAUGAUGUGGGAAAUACCGGACAACUGGACCAUGGAGCAAGCUUCAACGGUUCCGUGUGUUUACUCUACCGUCUAUUACGCCCUAGUGGUGCGUGGACGCAUGAAACGGGGUGAGUCCAUUUUGAUUCACGCCGGGUCCGGUGGAGUCGGUCAAGCUGCCAUUUCGGUGGCUUUAGCCGGUGGGCUCAACGUAUUUACGACUGUGGGUAGUAAGGAGAAGCGUGAUUUCCUGAAACGGACCUUCCCGCAGCUGCAGGACAAAAACAUUGGUAACUCGCGAGACUGUUCAUUCGAGCAGAUGAUCAUGCGCGAAACUCAGGGACGUGGUGUGGAUUUGGUACUGAACUCGCUUUCAGAUGAGAAAUUGCAGGCUUCCGUACGUUGCUUAGGACUGAAUGGCCGAUUCUUGGAAAUUGGAAAGUUUGAUUUGAGCAACAACAGUCCACUGGGAAUGUCGGUAUUCUUGAAAAAUUCAUCGUUCCAUGGUAUUCUUGUGGACAGCAUCAUGGAAAAUGAUGAGGAUACACUAAGCCAGGUUGUGAAGCUAGUUUCCGAAGGUAUCAAGACAGGUGCAGUACGACCUCUUCCAACCAGUGUUUUUGGAGAUCAACAGGUGGAACAGGCGUUCAGAUUCAUGGCAUCUGGCAAGCACAUUGGCAAAGUUGUUAUAAAGGUUAGAGACGAAGAGAAAGCUAAAACAGUGAUUUCUGCACCAAAGUUGGUGGCGGCAAUUCCACGAACGUAUAUGCAUAAGGAGAAGAGUUACAUCCUGAUUGGUGGAUUGGGAGGUUUCGGUUUGGAACUCGCUAAUUGGUUGGUGUCUCGUGGUGCUACCAAGAUAGUACUAACCUCGCGUAGCGGAAUUCGUACCGGUUAUCAGUCGUUAAUGGUUCGCCGUUGGAGUGAUCGAGGAGUUACCGUUUCGAUUGACACCAACGAUGUGACGACGUUGAAGGGAGCUAAGAAGUUGCUACAAGAAGCAAAUAAGCUAGGACCGGUGGGAGGUGUUUUCAAUCUGGCAGCUGUGUUACGAGAUGGAUUGCUGGAAAAUUCUACCGAAGCUGAGUUUAAGACUGUUUGUGUACCAAAGGUUGACGGAACAAAGAAUCUAGAUCAGGCCACUCGUGAAUUAUGUCCGGAUCUGGACUAUUUCGUAUGCUUCUCUAGUGUAUCUUGCGGUAGAGGAAAUAUUGGUCAGGUCAAUUAUGGUUUAGCAAACUCGGCUAUGGAACGAAUCUGCGAAGCUCGACAUUUAGUUGGUUUGCCAGGAACAGCCAUCCAGUGGGGUGCCAUCGGUGAUACUGGGUUGGUGUUGGAGAAUCUGGGAGACAAUGAAACCGUUAUCGGUGGAACUUUGCCACAGCGUAUGCCUUCCUGUCUGCAGACGAUCGAUUUCUUCCUGCAGCAGCCUUGCCCGGUUUUAGCUUCAAUGGUUGUAGCCGAAAAACGAAAGGCAGAAACUGGUGGUGUAGGACUGGUCAGUUGCAUCGCAAAUAUUCUUGGUUUAAAGGAUACCAAGAAUGUUUCGGAUUCCUCUAGUUUGGCUGAUCUGGGAAUGGACUCACUGAUGGGUGCGGAAAUUAAACAGACUCUGGAGCGUAACUUCGAUACAGUGAUGAGUGCGGCUGACAUUCGUAUGUUAACGUUCGGAAAACUUAAGGCUUUGGAAAGUGGUGGAGAAGUAUCGGGAGGUGCAACAACUGCAACCGCCGCAUCUCCAGAACCCAAACAACAUGACCAGAAUGGUCUUGGAGACGGAACGCAAGUCAGAUUAAGUGCCGAACUCAUGCCAUCCCAGUGUUUGGUUCGACUUGAAUCGAAAGCUUCGGCGAACAGCAAGGACAAUCCGGUGUUUAUGGUCCAUGCUAUCGAAGGCGUUAUCACCUCUCUUAUUCCGCUCGCGGAAACGCUACCGGUUCCUGUGUACGGUUUGCAGUGCGUUGCCGAAGCGCCACUAAACUCACUUGAUGCUUUGGCGGCAUACUACGUCAAGCAAAUUCGAACGGUACAAAGUAAGGGUCCUUAUACGAUCGUCGGUUACUCAUUCGGUGCCUCGAUUGCCUACGAAAUGGUUGCCCAACUGGAGGCUGCCAAGGAGAAAUGUCGCUUGCUGCUGGUGGACGGAUCUCCACGCUAUGUAAGCUGGUAUACGGAAGCCCAGAAGCAGCGCAAUGCCAGCGGUGAGAUCUUGCAAGCCGAGGAUGAGGCUUAUGCGUUGGCCUACUUUGGUAUGGUCUGUGGAAACCUAGAUUACGGAAAAACAGCUCAUGAACUGAUGACUCCCAAAACAUGGGAAGGACGGUUGCAGAUGUGUGCCGAGCUGGUUCGGGCAAAAAUGCCACAACAUUCACAAGAACUGGUGGAAACUACCGCCAAGUCGUUUGUGCAAAAGAUCGUUGCCAGCCAUAUGUACAAGCCAUCUUCUAAGAUCAGCGCUGCUGUGAAACUGGUUAAACCAACGGAGAACUACGCGAAGCUCCAGGGAGAUUACGGUUUGUCAGAGCUCUGCAACAAAGAGGUUAACGUCAUGACAGUCAAAGGUGACCAUCGCUCCAUCCUAACGGGUGAUUCCAUGCUACAGAUUUCCAAACUGCUGCAGGAACUGCUAUAGAUAUACUGAGCCAGACACACAUACAUUCAUACUCAUUCACACAUAUGAACAUGUCAUCACAUCACUACACUAGCAAAACCCAGUGAAUAAUCGUAACUUAUUUGUUUCUGUAUAGUCUAAAUUUGCCCUCCUUUUCAUGCAUUAUAUGUACAAUAACGUUUGUUUAGAACAAACUUUGGGAAUAUUUAAUAAGACAAAAUGAGAUAGGUAGAUCUAUAUUCUGUAACGAGAGCGCAAUAUUGAAAGGGAACUGACACUAGUGCCUGCAUCAGGUCCAUUACAAAUCUAAGGAGUAGUGCCACUUUCCUUUGCUGGUCUUUGACAAACUAUCUCAUGAUCCUUUCGUUACAUUUAGUUGCCAGCUUUCCAAAUGUUUUUUUCUGUAUAGAAAGAUCGAAUCUACUUUUUAUUUAGGAUGUUGAUCCGUUAGAACAACGGAAUAAAAACCAAGCUUGGAAAACUACAUUCCACUCUAUAGGGUAGCUCUUUCAUCUAUGGUUAAGUAGAUUUUAGUUUGCGAAUGGGGAUUAGAUCCUUUCAGAUUCAGAUACUGAAUAUUGUACUACUAGAAGCUUGAAAAAUUACUAAAUAAAUAAAUAUUUUACGUUUUUUCAGUGAUACAUAUAAAGAGUGAUAUAAUAAAAUCGUUGAUUUCGAAAAUUACGCAACGCGUACCAAACUGAUUCUGUCUUCUGAACUUACAUAUACCCAUCGACAUUGAAGCAUACGAAACAGACAAUUUAAUAGAUGUUUUUACAAACAAGGGGCAUCCAGGUUUAGCUAAGUAAGGAAGAAUACAUGUAUAACUAUUGAAUAUAGCAUUUCCAUCUAAAACAACGGAAUUUCAACCUAAACUAUUGGUUAACGAUACUCAACGUAAAGUAAAAUGUGUGUACUAGGAGACACUGCGUCUUUCUGCACAACCUCAUUCUCACUGCAGCAGGCACAAUUGGAUUCUUUAUAGAACAAGCAAAGCACCAAAACACCUAGCACCACAAACAAAUUGUUAAAAACAAUGUACAUGUGCAAAGAAAAAAAAAACAAAAAACUAAGGAAAUUGUACUAGAAAUCGAUCGCAAAUAAAGAUUUUAAAAUGUGGCGUAA